UGUGAACGGAGCCGGGCGGGUGUGAGAAUUUAUAUUAUCGAAUUCGUAUAAUCCCUAUUAAAUUAAAAAUAACUCUAAAUACAACAUUAGUCCGUAAUUUGGUGUUGAUGUUAAGAUUCCUCCUAUAAGCCUUGAGAAUUCUACAUAGAAGAACAUCGAAUAACAAAGCAAUAUGUGUUGGCUGAAUUCUAACCUAUACAUUCUUCCAGUGACAGAAUGGCAGAUUAGGGCUCUUGUAACCAUUGAAUUAUUGUGAUAUGGACUAGAUUUUUAAGUUCCUGUUCAAUACCACAGAAAAAUAUCUUAUGCAUAUAUAGACUGGUAUCUGUAGUUAGUGAAAAAGUGAAAAUAAUUUGCUGUUGCCUGAUUGAACUGUCAUGUAAAAAGUAAACAACUGACCAAUGUAAAGGGCCAUGACGUGAAAGUGGACAUCAGCCUGGUGCCGCCAUGAAGCGGUCCUAUCCUUUCUUCGUAUUCCUAGCCACGGUGAUGGCUAUAGCAAAGACGGCAGCCGCUCCGAAGGAAAUAGUGAAAACAUUUUCAGAUCCAAAAGUCCAAGCUUUCAAUCACCUUGUCAUAGAUAAAAAUACGGGCCGCGUUUACAUAGGAGCUGUCAACCGUCUUUACCAACUUUCUCCCGAUUUGGAUUCCGUGAUAACGGAGGUAACGGGUCCAAAGUUAGACUCUGAUGAUUGCUCAGUACUAGAAUGCAACAAUGCUAUUAAUAAGAAACUUACUGAUAAUGUUAACAAGGCCCUGGUUAUUGAUUAUACCACUUCCAGGUUGAUAUCAUGUGGAAGUCUCUUCCAGGGCAUUUGUUCCGUUAGGCCCCUACAAAACAUAUCCGAAAAAUCAGAAAAGAGCGUAGAAGUGAGGGAAGCCGUAGUGGCAAACAACGCGACUGCCUCGACCGUCGCGUUUAUUGCUCCCGGGCCUCCCAAUCCUCCGGUCUCUCAAGUAAUGUACGUCGGUGUGACUUUCACUCUAGGCUCUCCGUAUCGGUCCGAAGUGCCUGCGGUCAGCAGUAGAUCGUUAGACAAAGACAAAAUGUUUUCAAUAGCUCAAACGGCCGUAACGACGGGCACUAGGAUGUUCGUUAAUUCAUUAGCUAGGGAACGUUAUCCAAUUACUUACGUUUACGGGUUUGCUUCGGAAGGCUUUAGUUAUUUCCUGACAACGCAGAUGAAGCACACAACUUCCAGUCAAUACAUCAGCAAGUUGGUAAGGGUAUGUCACGACGAUGAAAACUACUACUCUUACACGGAGAUUCCUAUGGACUGCAUCAGCGAGGCUCAAGGAGGGAGAAAGUACAAUCUUGUGCAAGCUGCAUAUGUAGGGAGAGCAGGAUCAGAUCUGGCCUCAGAUUUAGGUAUCACUGCGCAAGAUGAUGUUCUGUUCGCCGUGUUUAGUGAAAGUGAGCCAGUGAUUGCAAAUAAACCGUCGGAACUCUCUGCACUCUGCGUUUAUUCUCUCAAGUCCAUCCGGCGCAAGUUCAUGCAGAAUAUUAAGCACUGCUUCAGUGGAAAAGGUCAACGAGGACUGGAUUUUAUCUCCCCUAGUCAUCAGUGUGUGCCCACGAAACUUCAAACAAUCGGCGAAGAUUUUUGCGGUCUUGAUGUGAAUACACCUCUGGGGGGCGAACAACCGGUAGCUGCUGUACCAGUUCUACUUUUCAACACUCGAUUGACAGCUGUAAUUGCUACAUCCACUGGCGAUUUUACUGUGGUCUUCAUCGGCACCGCUACAGGCCAUCUUAAAAAGGUUGUAGUCGAGUCGUCAACCUCCGCUCUAGAAUAUGGAGAUCUGACUGUUGAAGAAGGGUCUUCAGUAAAUCCGGAUUUGCACUUUGAUUCCCAGUCUAUGCAUCUGUAUGCCAUGACGGAGAAAAAGGUAUCGAAAGUCAAAGUGCAAGAAUGCACGGUUUACCGUAACUGCUUAGAGUGUUUGGGAGUGAAAGAUCCAUACUGCGGAUGGUGUUCUUUAGAAAAUAAAUGUAGCUUACGUUCUGACUGUCAAGAUGCUGCCAAAGAUCCUCUGUAUUGGAUCAGCUACAAGAGUGGAAGAUGUACGACGAUUACAUCUGUCAUACCGAACCAACUGCAAAGAACAACAGCACGAACGCUCGACCUAGUGAUCGAUAACUUACCAACUCUUCAGGGGCAUUUUCUAUGUGCCUUCACCGCUCUCGAUAAGACUUUAAUUACAAACGCCACAAGAAAAGGUUCAGGAGUAAACUGCACAACACCAAGAACCGACGCUUUGCCCUCUAUUCCACCUGGACAACAUCACUUCACUGCCAAGCUCUCAGUUAGAAUGACUUCCGGGCCAGAUUUUGUGGCUACAAAUUUUACAUUCUUCGAUUGCAAUACUUACAGUUCAUGUACUCAGUGUGUUUCGUCUUCAUUUCCGUGUGAUUGGUGUGUUGAUGGUCACAGGUGCACUCAUGAUACCGCAGAAAAUUGUAGGAACGAUAUUCUUGUUACAGGAAUAAGUAGGGCAGGUCCCAGCUACAGAUCAGGACCAGCAUUUUGUCCAACUAUAAAUGCUACAGUUGGAAAUUCGCCCGAAAUACUAGUGGCCUCUGGCAUAAAGAAAGCAAUCAAGGUGAAGGUCCAUAUCAUUGGUCAAUUCAUAGUUCAAACCAGAUUCGUAUGCCAAUUCAAUAUCGAAGGAAGAGUGACCAGUGUAAAUGCUCAACUACUAGGUGAUACUAUUUAUUGCGACCCAAUGGAGUUUUCGUAUACUUCUCGAGCACCCAAUAUCACAGCUACGUUUGCUGUUAUUUGGGGAGGCUCUAAGCCUCUUGACAAUCCAGACAAUAUUCACAUUGUGAUAUACCGUUGUCGUGAUAUGGCUGACAACUGUGGAAUAUGCUUAGCCUUAGCUGAAAAAUACGACUGUGGUUGGUGCCAGAGUUCGGACAGGUGUGAAGUGAAAGACCAAUGCGAGAAAGGUUCGGCGGUUUGGUUGAAUAGAAGCCAAACUUGCCCCAAUCCUGAAGUAACUUCGUUUAGUCCAGAAUUGGGACCGUGGGAAGGAGGGACAAAUAUUACAAUCCAAGGUAUAAAUCUGGGUAAAAAUUUUCAAGAUAUUUAUUCAGGAAUUAGCAUUGCUGGAAUAAAUUGUCAACCAUAUGAUCAUCUUUAUAUCAAGACAAAACAGAUUGUUUGUCAGGUGGACGGUCCUGGUACUAAAGAACUUCGUCAGGGUCCAGUAACAGUGAAAGUUGAAGAUUAUCGUGGAGAAUCCAAAACACACUAUCGUUUUGUCAAUCCUAAUAUUACUGGUAUCUCUCCAAAGUGUGGACCAAAAUCAGGUGGAACGAUGUUACAAAUUACUGGUGAAUAUAUGAACGCAGGCAGCAAUAUUCAAGCAUUUUUGGAUGAUCUUCCUUGUAGGAUACUUUCCACUGACCAAAACCAAGCCUUAUGCAUCACUAGCGCAUCAGAAUCAACCACAAAGAGAAAGUUGAAGAUGAAGUUUGACAAAGGAGAUCGAUAUCUAGAAGGAAUGAUGUUUGAAUAUGUUGACGAUCCUGUAAUUGAAUCAGCUGAAUCUGGUGUGGCGAGUCAAAUCAAAGUACCAAAAGGAAUACCAGCUGGAGGGAUUAAAAUAUCGGUGACUGGUAGAAAUCUAGCUGUUAUACAGAAACCGCAGAUGUAUGUCUUUUACGAACAAAAAAUGUUCAUUAGUGAAUGUACAAUUUUGAGCAACAUCAGCAUGGAGUGCCGUAGUCCAGUCAUUGAUGCAACUGAAGAUAUCAAAUUGGAUGCGGACAAUCCCUUAAAAUUAGAGUACGGAUUUCGCAUGGACAAUGUCACUGGUGUACAAAAUUUAACCUUUAAUAAAGCAUUUAAUCCAUUCCUGCUAUAUCCAAAUCCUAUAUUCAUUCCAUUUGAGAAGGAAGUAAAGUACUAUAAGUCUGACUAUCUUAAUAUAAAUGGUCAAAAUAUUGAUCGUGCUUGCCAAGAAUCAGAUGUUGAAGUACUAAUAGGAAAAAGUUCCUGUAAUGUGACUUCUUUAUCUCGCCAACAGCUAACUUGCCGUCCUCCAGAAUCUCAACCUCCCGCUGUCAAUGACCAAGAUGUACCUAAUGGUGAAGCACUGCCAGAAGUUGUAGUUAUUGUCGGCGGUUCACUACAUUACAACAUCGGAGUCUUAUCUUACUCCUCUCCUCAAGGAAUCAAUGGAUCAAUUACCAAACCCACAUUGUAUGGAAUAAUUUGUGUAGCUAUUGCUAUCGUUGUUGUUUUUAUUUGCUUCUUAAUAGCUUAUCGUCGCAAAUCGACUGAAAGUAACAGAGUAUUAAAGAAUAUGCAGGAGCAAAUGGAUAUUCUGGAGCUCAGAGUAGCAGCUGAGUGUAAAGAAGCUUUUGCAGAAUUGCAAACAGAAAUGACUGAUCUUACUGGAGAUUUGACUUCCGGUGGUAUACCAUUCCUAGAUUACAGAACAUACGCCAUGAAGAUCUUGUUUCCAAACGUCGAUGAUCACGUAGUACUGCAGUGGGAGCGUCCAGAGCUACUAUGCAAAGAAAAAGGAUUAAGACUCUUUGGACAACUUAUAAUGAACAAAACAUUUCUGUUAUUGUUUAUCCGAACUUUAGAAAGUAACAGAUAUUUUUCAAUGCGAGACAGAGUGAACGUAGCUAGUCUAAUUAUGGUUACUCUACAAAGCAAGAUGGAAUAUUGUACGGAUAUUCUUAAAACUCUUUUGGCUGAGCUAAUAGAGAAAUGCAUGGAAGGAAAAAGUCAUCCUAAGUUGCUGUUGCGCAGAACUGAAAGUGUUGCUGAGAAGAUGCUUAGUGCUUGGUUUACGUUCCUUCUCUAUAAGUUCUUGAGAGAGUGCGCCGGAGAGCCUUUAUUCAUGUUGUUUAGAGCUGUUAAGCAGCAGGUUGACAAAGGACCAGUAGAUGCCAUUACUUCUGAAGCUCGAUAUUCGCUUAGCGAAGAGAAACUAAUAAGACAAUCAAUAGAUUUUAAGCCAAUGACCGUCUAUGUCUCCAUUUCUCAACAGACUGUUUUCGUUGGGGGCAUGGAUCAUAAUACAGACAAUGUUCCUGUUAAAGUUUUAGACUGUGAUACAAUUAGUCAAGUUAAAGAGAAAUCACUGGACACAAUUUACAGAGCUACACCUUAUUCGCAGAGACCAAGAAAAGACGACUUAGAUCUAGAAUGGAGAACAGGCACUUCGGGUAGACUGAUUUUGUAUGACGAAGAUAGCACUACUAAAGUAGAAGGGGACUGGAAGAGAAGAAAUACAUUACAGCAUUACAGAGUACCUGAUGGCGGAUGUCUAAAUUUGGUAUCCAAACAAAGUUCCAUUUAUAAUUUAAGUAUUUUUUCUGAGAAGAAUGAUAAGUCUCAUAAAUAUGAAACUUUGAAUCUCAGUAAGUUUAGUUCAGUAAGCCCUCCACUCAGUCGAGCAACUAGUCCACUUAAUCAUGACCAUGAGCAAGGGCUGAAAGUGUGGCAUCUUGUGAAGCACCAUGAUAAUGAUAAUCAAAAAGAGGGAGAACGAGGAAACAAAAUGGUGUCUGAAAUUUAUUUAACAAGACUUUUAGCUACCAAAGGUACUCUACAAAAAUUCGUGGAUGAUUUGUUUGAAACGAUUUUCAGCACUGCUCAUAGAGGAUCAGCGUUACCACUUGCUAUAAAAUACAUGUUCGAUUUCUUGGAUGAUCAAGCUCUUCAGCAUGGUAUUUCAGAUCCUGAAGUUGUUCAUACGUGGAAAAGUAAUUCCCUUCCUCUUAGAUUUUGGGUAAAUCUUAUCAAAAAUCCCAAUUUCGUAUUUGAUAUACAUAAGUCAAAUAUAGUAGAUUCUUGUUUAUCUGUGGUUGCUCAAACUUUUAUGGAUUCGUGUUCUACAUCUGACCAUAGAUUAGGAAAAGACUCGCCCAGUUCAAAACUUUUGUACGCAAAAGACAUUCCAUCUUACAAAGAUUGGGUGGAAAGAUAUUAUUCUGAUAUUAAAAUGAUGCCGGCUAUAUCCGAUCAAGACAUGAAUGCAAUGUUGGCUGAAGAUUCUAGGCUUCAUACAACAGAAUUUAAUACAAAUUGUGCUCUGCAUGAGCUUUACACAUAUGCUAUGAAGUACAACGAGCAAUUAACAGUUACCUUAGAGGAAGACGAGUUCUCUCAAAAGCAACGACUGGCCUACAAAUUAGAGCAAGUUCACAACAUAAUGGCGGAAUCGCAGCCGUGAUACUGGCCUGACCUGACGUGCCCCCCCACUGCUCCUCCUUUAUCACCCGUUUUCCCAUCGGCACCUCAGGAACUGGCCUGCUGAUAAAAGUUUUAUGCCAAAUAUACAUAUCCAUUAUCAAACAAUUUCUGUGUGUUAUGGAUUGCUGUUGUGCAAUUAUUGUUCAGUGUAUUGUGGAGCAGUUCUCACUCAGUGACUUCAAGUGCCUCUGGUAGAUUGAGUGCGGUUCUCGCUCCUAAAAUAUGUACUAUAUUUUUAUGAUAACACUAGAAUAAUGCUUUACCGUGCUGAAAAUCAGCGUUUUAGUCUAGGCCCUUUUUGAGAAAACCUUGGGCCAACCUAACAUCUUUUUGUACAGUCAUUUUAAUACGAAUAUCAUUUCGGUAAAUCGAUGUUUCUGCGUAAUAAAGUGUUGUAUAUAUUUGUAUAAUUGUGCAUAAACAGAAGUGGUAUGUGACAUUUAUCAAAAAAUCUUUUCUAAAGCAAAACUUGGGAAAAAUCAAGUAUUAUUCUUAGAUAUGUAUAGGUAAGCUCUUUAAAAAUUAACCAGAUUAUUUAUCGGUUAUUUAUUUACACUUUUUUUAUUAUUUCAAAAAUGGAAUCCGGCUUGUAAAGACUGACGACAAAAACGGGUAUUUAUUUAAUGUUGAAUGUUUUACAUAUCUCCCAAUUUUUCGUUCUUUCUAAUUUGUAUAUACACAACCAUGUAUUUGUAUAUCAACACAAACAUGUUUAUCACAUAAAUCAAAGCACUUAGUGAAGAUGUGCUUAACUUGAUCAAACAUAAUUGUAAAAUUGUAUUGUCGUAAUUAUAUUGGUAUCAAAUUUAUUAAUUUGUUUGACAUGGUAUCACUAUUAAGGUGCGUUCGUGAGACGACUUCGUAGAUAGUUUACUCGAUUGAACCUUGCAAAAGAUUCUCCUGAGUAGGUAAGUUUCUGCCCAUGUCUUCAGACAUUUGCUUUCUUCCUGCUUCUACACUUUUGCCCUCGAUUAUAAAUUGUAAAAGCUUUUUGGAUUUUGAAGAGGAGCGGAAUUUGAAAUGAAUGUUAUAUGUAUCUAUUCUUGGUCUGGAUCCCAGUUUUAGAGUUUUCCUACUGCAUUUCUAUGAUGUUUCUCCGGUUUUGGUAUUAAUUCAACGUAACAAUGUGUAUGCUGUAUUGACUAACAUGUGGUCACCUAUACUAAAUUUACAAUCAAGAUGCAAUAGACAUAAACAAACCAGACACGUUAAAUGCUACUAGGAGCACUCCCGAAUCAUAAUUUACAAUGUAUUAUUAUGCUCUAUACUCUAUAUGUUCUCUCAGUUAUAAGAUUGAUCAGCAUCUUAUCAAUUCAAUUAAUUAAUUAGUUAUUUUAAUUGCUACUCAUGGAAACAAAACCAAAAUUUAAUAAAUCUUUCCAAUAAAAAAUGUUCUCAGGGCUAAUUGAUUUUAAUAUAUCACCUUUAGUUUGCGGCUUCUAGUAUUUCUAGUUGCUUACUUUAUCCAGGACAAAACAAGGAAAAUAAAUAUGCUCACAAUCAUACAAAUUUUAUAAAUAUUAUUUAUUCAUAUACUAUACCAUAAAUAUAAGAUUCAAAAUGUAUGCUAAAACUUUGUUCUCUCGUAAAAAUAUUUUAUCUACUAAAAAUACUCUGUAAUUCUACUAUCUCCUUUUCUUUUAACAAAAUUUUAUUUAAAUGUUUCGGUGGACUGUUCUUAUUAUUAUUAUAAAAAAAAACAAAAUUUAAUUUUCACCUUUUAAAUAGAUACUUAUGUCCUCUACGAAUUUAUGAAUGAAUAAAUUAUGCUGUAAAACUGUUAAAUUGACAAAAAACAAAUAUGGUAUGUAAUAGCAAACAACUCUCUUUUUUCACAAAUAAUCUGACUAACCUUAUCUAUCUUCUUAACUUCUUCUCAUGGAUUGUGUUGUCCUCGUUUCUCCCACACGUGCUCCUCGGAUGCUGCGACGAUCUUUCUCGUUCAAACUGCUUCACAAACAAAACAGCACUCGCUCGAAAUCUCUCCUCAAUUUAGUCUCUGACUCGAUACAAACAAUAUAAUUCCAAGAUUUUUCCUCUCAGCUCGAUGUCUUGGGCAAAAUUGAUACAAACCGGCUACUCGUUCCAGACAGAAAACUGGAAUCUAUUCGGACACGAGGAGAUUUUACUUCUCGACUCGAUCACGAUUUCGUCUCAACAGAAAUCUGCUUACACGGCCACCAAAUUAACCACUUUACACAAAAUCACUACUUUCCAAACUGGACUGGCUUCUUCAGAUCUUAAUUACACAGUCAAUCAUUUUCCCUCAUCAAACUCAGACUCGGCCAUUCUAUUCUCCCUCCAUCGGUCUCUUUCGCCAAUCACAAGCAUUCUCUCAACAUUACUUCCCUACUUUCAUUUCUUAAGAACAAAUAGUGUUGUAUACAAAUUUUCUGUCUUGUUAAAUUUCCAGGAGAUAUUAAAAUUAACUUCUUUCUUAUAUCCUAGGAAAAACCCUCUAUUCUAAAACUAAACAAAUCUGUUUACCGUCGUUGCUUUCGAGGAAACCAUUUAGAAACGUGCUAUUGUUCACUCCAACCACGAAUACAUCCACUUUCUAAAACCGAUGGUAAUUUAGUUCCAUUGUUUUGAAUUGUUAAGUCCGUUCGUAGAAUCUUUAUCACUACACUUUUCCUCUUUACCACGAAACACUGCUUACGACUAAUUAUAUUAUUUACAAAUUUUGGCUAUAUACAGGGCGAUGAAAUUUUACAACCUCGUGGUCUUUGACAUAAAAUUAAUUCUCUAAAUUUUCCCCAUAAAAUUAUUUAACAGUAUAUACAUUGUAAAUCCCAAAUCAUGAUUUCCAAAGUUUAUACAUUGUAAAUUAUGAUUCGGGAGUGCUCCUAGUAGCAUUUAACGUGUCUUGGUUUGUUUAUUUUUACUGCAUCUUGAAUGUAAAUUUAGUAUAGUUUCAUAUAUUUCCAAAUUAGAAAUAUUUGAUCUAUUCUUUUCCUUUCUUUGGCUUAGAUUCUUAGCAUUCUCUUUUUGCCUGCGAAUAAUUUGUUUUACCCGCUUCUCUUAAAAGUAGUCGUUCACAGGUUCAGUUUUGGUCUGGCGUGAGUGUUUCAUUUCCUGAGUACAACCUCUAUAUGCGAGGCAUUCUACUAUACUGCUCCUAGGAAGGAUCCUGAUCAGGAACUAACAACCCCACAUAUGUUUAUUCCAAAUUCUGUUUUUGUAUGGUUGAACCAUUGGAUUACAGAUUUAUGAGUGCGACACUUAUGAUAAUUUACUUAUUUUAUUAUUUGGACAGUUUUCAUAGAUGGAUCAUAUAGAUAUUACUUUAUUUUAAAACGUUUUAUAAUGCGUUUUAAAGAUGGGAUGGAUACGCGUACAUGUUUUAUUUAGACGAUUUUUUGAUUAAGUUGCGGCAUUUUUGCUGUUUGGUAGAUAUGUAUAACAUUAUUUAUUUGACCAUUAUAUUAAAGUAUAAUUUUUGCAAUUGGAUUUCAAGAUUGGAAUGUUUUAUUGUGAUAUAUUUAAUUAUUUUACUUUAUUUUUCAGUACUUAAAUUUUUCUGUAUAGUAUAUCUUGAGUACUUUGAGAACCGAUACAUGGGAUUGUGCGGAAUAUUAAGUUUACAAAGACUUAUCGGCUUCUAUUCCUGGAUUAUUUAUCCAACACAAUUUAGAUCAAUAAAACAAUAAUUAAAUAAUCAGGAAAAAUCGUAGCUUACUCGCAUUUCGACGAAAUAUCAUAGAUAAUAAACACACAAGAUGAAUAUUUGCAAAAAGUAGAAAUAAAAGUAAUACCUAAUAUUAAGAAUAUUAGAAAUUCCAAAGUCUAAAACUCUAAAAAACAAAUGAAGAAAAGCAAAAUUAUAGAAAGAAUAUUAAUCAUUUUGAAAAUAGAGGAGGUGAAGAUGAAAAUAAUUACAUAUUAAGCAUUCUACGAGGAGAAGCAUCAAACGUAUGACAUAAAAUAUUUUAAAAAUCGGGAACAAGGAAUAAAUGUUACGCAUAGCUGACUUUAAAGGAAAUACAGAAACUAUCGUUUUGAGUACUACUCCAAGAGAUUGAGAAGAAGAGAGAAAAGAAGUGCAGAAGCUGUACCAAAAAAUCCCUGGAAUUUUUCUUUGGAAGGAGAGAGAGAUCUACUGAUUUUGUAGUAUUUUAAUUCUUUAAACAUUGAUUGUUGGCUUAAUGAGAAAGCUGGAAACUUUUGAGAUGUGACUUUUUAAGAAUUUUAAAAAUACCAUGGACCGAUCAUAUUACGAACGAAAUGGUGUUGCAUAUAAUGGGAAGAGGCAGAUAACUUUUAACCACCAUUAAAAGGAGAAAAACAGCAUAUUUGGGCACAUACUUAGAAAUGAUAAGUACUUUGUUACAGCUGAUUAUGAAGGGUAAAAUCAAAGGAAAAAGGGGUCCUGGUAGACGACCAAUCUCUCAAGACUCCGACGCUUUUAAGAGAAACACAAGAUACAGACCAAUUUGUAAUGGUUAUAGCCAACCUUCAUUAUUGGAGGUUUCUUCUUCUUCACUAGAAGAAGAAGAAACGUUUAAUGUUGUAUCAGAUGAUAAUGAUACUAAAUCAACUACACUGCGCGCCAUUAAAAAGAGGCCACCUAAAUGUUUUGUCAUUUUUAAUUUUUACGAAUCCUAAUUGCUUGCUAUUAGAUGUUUGUACAAUGUUUAAAAAUAUGUUUUAAAGCAGUAUAUGUCUUGAAUAAUAAAUGUCGAAAAAAACCUUCUCCUAAAAUUAUGAUUUUAAUGAAAAAGCACAUUUUUUCUGUUUUAUUUAUAAACAUUCCACCAAAAUAGCGAUUUUUAAUAUUCUGUAUUACCACCUCGAUUUUGAAUUCACUCCUAAUUCGAUUUGGCAUUGAAUUGAUCAAAUUCUGGAUGUUGUCUUAAAGAAAAGCUUCCCAUUCUUCCAUGAGCGCCAACCGAAGCUGCUCACGAUUUAUUGGAGCAUGUAUUCUGUUUCUUACUCUUCGUUUGAGUUGGUCCCAAACAUGCUCAAUCCUGGGCUUUAAGCCGUAACUAUCCUGGCUCCGUGUGGCCGCGCGUUGUCUUGCAUGAAAAUAAAGUUUUCGCCUACAAACCUAGCAAAAUGCAUUACACGCUCGUCUAGAAUUUCGCUAAUGUAUCGGUGAGCAUUCAACGCUCCUCUAUCAAUAAACACGAGAUCAGUACGGCCUUCGAAUGAAAUGCCUGCCCAAAACAUUACCGAACCUCCUCCAAAAACAACACGUGCUCAUCGAACACAAGCAGCAUAUCCUUCCCCACGUCUUCUGUAUGUUUUGAUGCGACCAUCUGAGCCAUAAAGAACCAUCCUUGACUCAUCAUUAAACAAAACAUUUUUCCAAUCUUCUAUUAUCCAAUGCUCGUGGUAUCUAGCAAACUGAAGUCCUCCAAAGGUCCUUUUGCCGGGCAGCGGGCCCUUAGACCAAAUUCCCUCAACUUCCUUACGGUAGAAGUGCUUAAUGUCCACCCGUGAACAUUUUGAAAACUGUUUUGAAUUGCUCUAGUCGUAAAGAAACGAUUUUGCAAAGAAGUUUGUUGUAAAGAACGGUCUUCUCUGGCCGUCGUGAUUCUUUUCGGGCCUGAUCUAGACCAGGGCGCAUCUGUAAAAAUAUUAGUACAUUUGGACGUUGAGAGGUGACUCAAAUUUUUUUGCAGAAGUUGCUUGAAAAUAAUUCAAAUAAUAAUAUGUGAGUUAUCCUCCCUCUCAAAAAGGUCCGGAACAUUGUUUAAAUAAUCAAAAUGUCAAAAAAUGAAGGAAAAAUUCGAUUUUUUUCUUGUUUUUUUUUAUUAUAACUUUAAAAGUAUUCAUUUCCAAGAAAAGUGGUAUUUACAUAAAAGUUGCAUAAUUAAAUUUUCUACAAUAUAGAACGUGAAAUAUUUAAAAAAUAGUCACGCUUGUUGCAAAAUAGCAAUAAUUGCCAAAAAACCAUACAAAAACAAGUAUUCGCAUUUUACGUUUUUCAACCAUUUAUGCUACACUUAGGACCGUCAUAUUUCACCCAGAAAAACUAUAUAAUACAGUAAAACAAUACUGUAAAUUUCAUUAAGAUCGGUGCAAUAUAUUUUGCAAAAUAAAUUUUGCAAUCCAGCUUUCGCAAAAAAGAUUCAUUUUUUCAAAAUGUUACAGGACUGAAAAUAAAGCAGAUAGCAAGUUGAAAUUUUUUUUACUUAUAGAACUGUACUGUACCUUUCAUAUGCAAUUAAAAUCAAUUAAGUACCACGGCGUCAGGAUUUUUGUUUAAAUAAACAUUAAUUAUUGGUGCUGUGCGCAGGACAUAGUUUACUUUGAUUGGGCAUUCCAAUGACCUUUGAUAAUGAUUGAUACAUUUUAAUUUUUAUUACAUUUCGAUAUAAAUAAAUAAAUUUGUUUAUUGCAAAAUAAAAACAAAUACUCUAUCCUUUGAAAUAACACUUUUUUUAGCAAAAACUUUCUUUUUGUUCAUAUAUUUUAACUUAGAGAAUAAAAGUUUAUUAUUUUUAUACAUAUGCAAUUGUUUAAACAAUAUUUCACAAACAAUAAUAAAAUUAGUUUAAUUUUUGUGGAAUUAAAAUAUUAAAAUACAACAAAAUAUAGAGUAAGAAAAUAAUAUAUUAGAUAAAGAUUGAAAGAAAUUUUGGUGGAAAUCAACUUGUGUGAAUCCAACACCGCUGUCCUGCGCGUAGCACCAAUAAUUAAUGUUUAUUUAAAAAAAUUCCUGACGCCGUGGUAGUUAAUCAAUUUUAAUUUUACAAAUUGCAAAUGAAAGGUACGCAAAAAAAAUUUCAACUUGCUAUCUACUUUAUUUUCAGUCCUGUAACAUUUUGAAAAAUUGAAUUUUUUUUGCGAAAGCUUGAUUUCAAAAUUUAUUUUGCAAAAUCUAUUGAACCGAUCUUAAUGAAAUUUACAGUACCAUUUUACUGUAUCAUAAAGUUUUUUUGGGUGAAAUAUGAAUUUCCUAAGUGUAGCAUAAAUGGCUGAAAAACGUAAAAUGCGAAUACUUGUUUUUGUAUGGUUUUUUCGCAAUUAUUGCUAUUUUGCAACAAGGGUGACUAUUUUUUAAAUUUAUAACUAAUUCUAUAAUAUAGCAAAUUUAGUUACGCAACUUUUAUGUUAGUACAUCUUUUCUCGGAAAUGAAUACUUUUAAAGUUAUAAUCAAAAAACGAAGAAAAAAACCGAAUUUUUCCUUCAUUUUUUGACAUUUUAAUUAUUUAAACAAUGUUCCGGACCUUUCUGAGAGGGAGGAUAACUCAAAUAUUAUUAUUUGAGUUAUUUUUAAGCAAUUUCUGCAAAAAAAUUUGAGUCACCUCUCAACGUCCAUCUCAAGACAGAUGGGCCCUGGACUAAUCCUGGUCGUCGUUCGUGAGAUCCAGUCUCUACGAAUCGUUGGUAUAUUUUUUGGACCAAACAACAACUGACUCCAAGCUGUCUGACCAGUUCUCUUUGGUUCAUUCCAUUAUCAAUCAAAGUAACAAUUUGAACAGAUCUAGCAAAUCUCUCAGCCAUAGUUUUAAAUUAAAAAAUUGCACAAGUUCACUCUUUGAACAACUGUACACUAACGAAAGAUUUUUGAAAACCAGAACAGCCAUAUUCCAAGAAAAAUAAGGUACAAACAACAUGUACAUUAUCCGGAGUCGUAAAACUGAUAUCAAUUUUGCAAACUUAUUACCCUUAAUUGACCUGUUGACACCGUUUGGCCGGGCCUAAAAGUGUUUCUGCAUUGUGGGAGUUAAGUUACAACAGAAUAAAUUGUACUUGCUUACUUACUAAAGCCGUCCUCUUGUACCUUACGGUGUCGAGGUAAGUGGAGAAAUCAGACGUCUCCAUGCCUUUCGGUCAGUAGCUAGUCUUUCUGCUUCUCUCCACCCAAUAUUUCUUUUUACGCAAGCCUUUCCAAUAUUUGCGUUCCACGUUCUUGCUGGCCUGCCUCUUCGUCGUUUGUUGUCAGAUGUCGCUUUCCAUACCCUCUUUACAGUUCUACCUUCACUCAUUCUCGCCUUAUGUCCGAACUACGAUAACUUUCGUUUCAAGUCUGUCUAAGGUCCUUCCAACACCGCACCUUUCACGUAUGUCUUCAUUUCUUAUACGAUCACGUCUGGUCACCCCGGAUACCACACGUAAAUAUCGCAUUUCGCAUGCUUGAAUUUUACUACGGAUGUUGUCGUUCACUGUCACAUCGUUUCACUACAGUAGAGUAGCACCGGCUCGUAUACGGUUUGAAAUACUUUUAAAAAUAUUGAAAAAUUCUUAUAAAAUUCUAGGUGGCCUCUUUUACGUACGAUACGGUUAUGUCUGACAGAAAAAUUUAAGUACUGCAUAUACUUUUAAUAAAAAUACGAAUUUAAUACUCGGACAGGCAGCUUUUUACUACUUCUGUCUUAUUUAUACUCUCUUUUACCUUUAAACAUUUUAGAACUAAAUAAAUUUUCGCUAGAGCGUUACCUAUACACUAAUCUGAUAAAAAUUUCCCAGUCUUUGCAAAAUAACCCUAAAAAGGUUAAUGUAAGAUCUGCGUGUUGCUAAUAUGUGUCUUAUCGUUAAGAUUACCGAUGUUUUUAUUAAAUGUUCUUUUACUUAAUAAUUUGGCGGAAAGGGACAAAACACUAAAUUAGUCGAAAAAUAUUUUUCAUCUUUGUGAACUAGAUUUUUUGAUGAUUUAGCUUAGUUUCCUCUUCCAGUUGAAUUGAAAAAUGUAUAAAAACGGAAAAUACGAAGUAUAUCUGAACUCAUUGAAAUCAUAACAGGAAUAUUUAGGUGUAAAAUAGGAACAAAAUACCGGCAAAAACAAUUUAUAUUUACGCAAAUUCAAAAAUAUAGGACAGACACAUUUGACUCUUUUAAGACAUGGCCAAAAAUUGAAUUUUUGCAUGUCGGCAAAACGUUUCAGACACCUUUUGAAGCACUUUACAUUCCAGUGGAUUCUUCGUUUCCAUUUCCAAAUUCUUUUUUUUUUCUCAAAAUUAUUUUAGUUUUUAUUACGGCGUUUGUGUUUUUUACUUCGUUUUGUUUUUCCCGAAACAGCAGUACUCUUGAAGUAUCUUUUUUAAUAAUUUCCAGUCCAUUUCAUUUUUUCUUUUUUGUGUAAAAUAUUUUCAGUUUUUGUGAUUGCUUCAUUUUUUUUUCUAAAAUAUAAAACUAGUUAAAACAAAACAUGAAGAAAUCACUAACGACUAAAAAUGAUAUACAGGGUGUUUCAUUAACAAUUGUCCAUAUCGUAACUGGAGAAACCUUAGCACAAAAUACGAAGAUUUAAACCAAAACACUUAAAUAAAAUAUUCUUCCUUACCGAGAUACAGAGUGUUUUAUUACAAAUGUUCUAAAAUGAUUUUAGCCCAUGGUUAAAGCACCUUUUAAUAUAUUUUGUUCAAACUUUACACAUGCCAGGGUACUUUAACUAGUCUUAAAAUAUAAUUUCCCGGUGUUACCAGAGGUUUGGUGUAGGGAUAUAUACUUCUUUUUCGCCCCUUUCCCCCUCAAUCUACGCCACUGUCGUAAUAAUCAUUUCAGCAUGUUUUUUUUUAUUCUUCGUUACUUUUACGUAAAUAUCAUCCUGUAUCUCAAUGCGAUAGAGUAAGUAGUUUUCAAGUUAUUUGCGUUUUAAUGUAAUGGAUUCAGAAAGAUUAUGUAUUUUAAACACAAUCUUAUUGAAUGUAGUUUAAAGUACAUAGUCUUAUGCCAUGGAAUCCAUUAUCUUUAAGCGCAAAUAACUUGAAAACUACUUACUUUAUCGCAAUGAGACAAAAGGAUGAUAUUUAUGUAAAAAGUAACAAGGAAUAAAAAAAAAAGAAUGUGUGUGUACUUUGUACGCACGUAAGAAGUUAUACUUCUAUUAUAUGAUUUAAACGAAAUUAAUAUACUUUUUAUUUAUAUUUUGUUUAAAUAUUAAACUAAUUUAUACUUACUACUUCUCAAACAUUUUUAUUAGAACAGUGCCAAAAAUUAAAAUAAUAAAAGAAUAAAACACACACAAACACAUUAAACAAGCCACAAAUGAUGUCUGAACAUUAAUUGUCGAAAAUUUUUUUAACUAAAUACGUAUUUUCUGAAAAUACAAUUAUAUAAUAAAUAUACUUACAAUCAUAAAAUGUAUUAAAAAAAACAAAAAAGAAAGUUGCUAUUGGGACUCGAACCAGCGGUGAUAAGAGCGGUUGGUAUUGGAAUUCAUUCGCCUUCUCCGCUUAGCCACGGACACUAUGUGUUUUUAUUUACGAAGAUCGACUAACUAAACGGAUUAAACUUGUGAUAUUUUGAUAUUUUGAAAAUUGAUCAAAUUAUUUUAAUUUUGAAUUGAAAUGAUUUAGAAUUGAAAAAAUACAACAAAACAUAGAGUAAAAAAACAAUAUAUUAGGUGAAUAUUGAUAGAAAUUUUGAUGGUAAUCAAAUUAUAUAAAUAAAAGUAUUACAUACUAUGUAUUUUGGCAGAUCAAAUAGGUAGGUUUAUACCCAUGAUACAUUAACAAUUAUUACGUACCUGUUGCUUUUAAAAACUAUGUAAAAGUCACUACAAUAUUAUAAACUUUUUUGUUUCUGUCCUCACAACAAUAAAACUAAUAUAUUAUACAUUUGUUUACCUUUACCUUUACCUCCAAACCACAGCUGCCAUAUCGGAUAAUUUUUGACAUGUCAUUUGAACAUCCAAUCAGAACAAAGUUAUAAUGCGCAUGCGCCGGGCUGAUAGGUUUUAACAUAUAAAAAAAUCACCCUCUAUCGCCGGUAAAGAAGUAUAACUUCAAAAACAUGCUGAAAUGAUUAUUAAGACAGUGGCGUAGAUUGUGAGGGGGAAAAAGGGGCGAAAAUGAAGUAUAUAUUUCUACAGUACGCCUCUGGUAACAACGGAAAACUAUCUUUUAAGACUAGUUAAAGUACCCUAACAUGUGUAAACUGUGUGUCAACUUUGAACAAAAAAUAUUAAAAGGUGCUUGAACAAUGGGCUAAAAUAAUUUUAGAAUAUUUGUAAUUAAACACUCUGUAUCUCGCAAAGGAGGAAUAUUUUUUUAAGUGUUUUGGGUUAAAUCUUCGUAUUUUGUACUAAGGUUUCUCCAGUUACGAUAUGGACAAUAAUUGUUAAUGAAACACCCAGUAUAGCACAACAAUUAAUUGGACAACAAAUAUGAACACCAGAAAUCUCUUAAAAGUGCUCAAUUGUUUCACCAAAUGUCUACUGCUAUUGCAGGAAAAACAAAACUAAAUAAUAAAGUAGAAAGAACCGAUAACUGAAAAAAAUUUAAAACACAAAAAGAAUUAAGGAACAUAAAACAAAUAUUAAUUAGAAAUUAUUUUAAAACAUGUCAAAAGGUGUCUUAGGAAAAAUCGAAUAAAGUAAUAUAACACAGGGAGCGAUUUUAAUAGCUGAAAGUAAUUUAAAAAUGUCAAAUAAAAUUACGUUUGUUUAAAAAUUCAUUCACGUUUGUAUUUUGCUCCAGUUUUUAAACAAACUGUCAAACCAGUAAUGGAAAUUACUGAUUGAAAUAUGGGAACAAACUUGAUUCAAAUCGAAUUCACCUUCCACCACUUAAAAAAAGUCAUUCUUCGCAGAAUUUUGGAUUAACUAAAAUUUUUAGUGGUAAAAAUAAAGAAUCAUAUUUUUAACACGGCAAUGUGUACAUAUAUCAUUAUCUUACUUUCGAUACAUUUUUGGACACGUGAAAUUUUAUAUCGAACUGCCAAUUAUUUAUCAUAAUUUUGCUAAACUGUGAUGCUUUUUUAUUCUUUAUUGUUGUUGUAUACAAAUAUUUACCAAUAAGUGUUUAAAUGUCAGUGUUUAUAAUCAAUCUGGUAAACAUAUUGAAGUAUGCUCUAAAAGGCUGUAUUCAAUUUUAAGUCGUUCUGGAAAACAUUUUAUGAGGUGAGCUCCAUAAAUUCUCGGUCUGAUAAAAAAAAUUGAUAAAAAAUAUGAAAUAAUUUUAUUUUUUGAUAUAAACUCGCUUUCAUCAUCAUUAUCAAUGAUGCUACACCCCUAUGAAAGAGCCUCGACCUUACCAAGUCUAUUACGUCAGUCAGUCCUAUCCAUUGCCAACUGUUGCCAGUUUGCUCCGCCUAUUUUUCUCCCAACCUUAUCUAUACCAUCCUUCCAUCUGAGUUUUGGCCUAUAUUUCCCGUAUUUCUACUUCCCACAGGUUGUGACAUAAGGAUUCUUCUAGGAGGGUUGUUCUGCUGUGAGCUUGCUAGAUGUCCUGCCUAUCUUAGUCUUCCUAUUCUUAUAAGAGAUACUAACGUCUAUACCACCAAAUAUAUGUUUAUAUCUGUGGUAUACCUCGUAGUUGAACCUUCUCCUCCAAACACCAUUUUCACAGAUGCCACCGAAUAUUCCUCUUAGGAUCCUUCGUUCAAAUAUAAGCAGAAGGUUUUCAUCUGCCUUGGAGAUGGUCCAUGUCUCCGAUCCAUAUGUCAACACUGGUUGUAUAAGGGUUUUGUAUAUGGAUAUUUUUGUUUUUGGCUUAAGUUUCUGCUUCUUAUAUGUCUACUCAGUCCAAAAUAGCAUUUGUUUGCUAGGAUUAUCCUUCGCUUGAUUUCUUCCGUCAUGACGUUCUCCUUGGUGAUAAAGGAGUCUAAGUAUGUGAAUUUGUCUACCACUUCAAAGGUAGAGUUAUCAACCGUGAAUCGGUGACCGAUGUUUCUGGCUCUAUUGUUGGGUGUUGAUGUCAUCAUCUUAGUUUUCUCCUCGUUUACUUGCAGGCCCAUAUUUUUUGAGGCAUUUGAGAAGGCGCGCACAACACAGCUUGCGUGUUGUGCGGGCAACUAGGUCCACAUCAUCUGCAUAUGCCAAAAUUUGGUAUGAUUUAUUAAAAAUAUUUCCUCUGUUGUCUAUUCGGGCAUCUCUGACCGCCUUUUCCAGAGCUAUGUUGAAGAGGAGACACGCCAGCGCAUCUCCCUGUCGCAGCCCAACAUUCGUUUCAAACGCCUGUGAUUGUUCGCCCUGUAUUUCGACUUUACAAGCAACUUUACCCAUUGUAGCCUUAACCAAUCCUAUCCGUUUAUCGGGGAUGUGGAAUUCAUCCAAGGGUUCAUGCAAUUUAUUUCUUAUGGCACAUAAUAGGCCGAUUUAAAAAAAAUCAAAAGCUGGUAUGUGUCGAUAUUAAAUUAUUCAUUGGGUUUUUCCAGUAUUUGCCUCAGCACAAACCUAAAGUGGUUUUAUGCCCCAGGCCUAAAACCACUUUGAUAUUCGCCCAGAAGCUCCUCUGAAUAGUCGCUUUUUUCAGUAUUCAUUUUACUCUAAAUAAAAUCAAUUGCAGCUUAUUAUUAUCGUUUUUAAAAGGUUCUAUGAUAUCUUUUUUAAUUAAUAUCUAAAUAAUCACUGGAAGUCAUGUCUACACUAUAACGUGAAUGUUUCAAUUCCUAAAAAGCUUCAAAUAUGUAAUGGAGGUUUAUGGCACAUUUUUAUAAAUUUUUCUGAGCAUUUUGCAAAACUUUCUACAAAUAAGAUGCAGAGGAGCUACUAUUGAUUACUGUAUUACUGGAUACUUUUUAAGUCUUUGUGGUCUAUCCUCUAUGGUUUGAGCUUCAUUAACUUUCUUCUAUUCCACCGAUAUUCUUCUGGAUUCUCGUGGAAUUUAGUUCAUCAUUUUACCUCAAAUCGUAAAUGGUAAAUAAUUAUGUAAAUUCUUUUGUUAAAUAUUUUAAUAUCAAACAAUACAUACUUAAAAAUGAAUAACCAUUUUCAAUUUCGUUGCAACACGAAACCACAGCCGCAUCAUUAUCCCAGUUCAAUCAGAGAGUGCAGCAAGCACCUCUACCGGUUUCGAAACUUAUUAGUCUCUUAUCAGGAGGCGCAUAUGUGCCUCCUGAUGAGAGACUAUUAAGUUUCGAAACCAGUAGAGGUGCUUGCUGCACUCUCUGAUUGAACUGGGAUAAUGAUGCGGCUGUGGUUUCGUGUUGCAACGAAAUUGAAAAUGGUUAUUCGUUUUUGAUUUACAUAUUUACUCUGAUGGAGUACGAAGGGAACCAUUCUCGUUGGAACUUUACCGCUCUGAGCAGAUGGGACGUGAAUUAGAAAUUGUAAAAUUCCCUCAUCUUCCUUAGUCUCAGCAUCCGUUAUGGCUUACAAAUUGUAGAAGCCUCGGAGGUGUUACCAGAGAAGGUUCCCCAUUGUUUUCAGUCUGUUAGGAUGUGGAACAACAUUUUUUGAUGUUGUUUUAUGUGCUAUUAGAUUGAAAACUUAGUCUUUUUUCUAAUAUAUACUCAAUUUGUGUUCCCAAGAAUAGUUUAAGUAUAUACUACUUGUAUAGUGGGAUAAUAAAAGUAUAUACUAUUUGUAUAUACUACUAUACUAUAAGUAUAUACUACUUGUAUAGUGGGAUACUACUCUUCGGGCUCUAAUAAAUGAAGUGUAGACCUUCUUCUUUGAGUGCCGUGAACAAAUUUUCCAACUUCCAUGACAAUUUGCCGAUAUUGUUCUCGAUCUUGCGUGGCAUGUAACAAUUCAUUUGCUGAUCAGGUAACGGUUUCGGAGCGAGGAAUAUUUCUUUCUAUCAAUUCCUCUUUUUUCCUCGAUCUUUCCAUUGAAAGAUCUUCCCUUUACCUAUUCUGUUCAAGACUUGAAAUGCGUUAAACCCAUGACAUUUUAAGUAGUCUACGAUAUGACCACAUCUCGAAGGCUUCUACAUUGUUCAUCAUAUUAACCUUCAUGGUCCAGGUUUCUUAGUUGUAAGUUCAGCUGAGAAUUGCACAGUAUAGAUCUAAGUUUCAUAAAUGCUCCUCUUGCGAUUUGUAUCUAUCUAUCUAAUCAGCCCUAAACAUCCAUACUUGGAUAUAGGCCUCCUCUUCCUUCUUCCAUGCCUCUCUAUCUUGGGCAAUUUGCAUCCAUUUUGACCCAGUGUGUUUCUUCAGGUCAUCUGACCAUCGCAUCUGUGGCCUUCCCCUUUUUCGUUUGUGGUUCCAUGGUCUCCAAUGUAUUACCAUCUUAGUCCAUCUUUCAUCCUUCUGCCGUAGGGUGUGUCCGGCCAACUUCCAUUUAAGCUUUGCUACUUGGGUAGAGACAUCUUUCACUUUUGUUUUGUUACGAUCCAUUCGUUUCGAUAGGAGUUUUCAAUUUGUAUACGAGUUUUAAUUUCUUCAUCAGGAUUUAGUGUCUCGUUAAUCCAACAUCCUAGGUAUUUAAAAUGGUUUACUUUUAUAAUCUUUUGUUAUAUAUACUCUAACCACAAGUAACUUUGUCUUUGAUGCAUUUAUGCCAAGCUUGUUGUUGGAGCAUUCUCUAGUGACUCGAUAUAUAAGGAAUUAAAGAUCUUCGAUACUUUCAGACAUGAUCGCUGUGUCAUCUGCAUUCCUGAUGUUAAUAGUUUCUCCUCCAAUUCGAACUCCACAUUGCCCUUCCAAGGCUUCGUUAAACAUUAUUUCCGAGUACACGUUAAGCAAAGUUGGGGAUAACACACAACUUUGUCUGACACCUCUUUGAAUGAAAAUUUUGUCUGUUUCUCUUCUGUGUAGACUUUGCACAUAUUCAAAUAUGACAUCUUGGUUUUCUCACAUAUCACGUAUGCGCACCUGUCAGACUGAGAAUUUAUGUUGCUUAUCACAUAAAGUAUAAUUAGUAAUUGAUAUUGUGGAAUGAGCUAUUUUUAGCUACUGAUUUGUUAUAACAGCAGAGAUUACUUUGAAGGUAAUGUAAUUCGUUAGACUGAGUGUAAUAUUUAAGAAUCGUGUCACAUAGCACUUUAGAUUAUGAGGUAUCGUUGAUGUUCGUGGAAAAUCGUUUGUUCUGAUUCUGUCAAAAGUGUUAAAUAAAGGGAACAGACAUUUCAACAUAAACGAUAAAUCGUUGCUCUGAAUAUAAAUUUGUGUAAAAAGUUGCCGAAUUCAGUUGCAAUAAAUUGAUGUAAAUAUAUGUAUUUAUAAAAAAAAUCUUUUUUAUUUUACAAUCACUUGCUAAGCAAAAGUUCUAAACUUACCCUAUACUUGAAAGUAUUUCACCAACGUGAACUUUACAUAACUUAACUAUUAAAGAAGUUUCAUAAUAAGGAGCCAUCGAAAAAAAAUCUUAAUUAAGUAUAGGUUUGUUCCAACCCGUUACAAAAACCGUUCUUGAACGGUUACGAGUAUGCGCAGUAACGAAAAAUGUGUUACUACGCAUAAUUAUUCGUUAUUGCGCAUGCGCGUAACGAUUCAAGAACAGUUUAGUUAGAACAGACCCUACCUUGUGGAUUUUACAUAUAAAUGCCGAUGGUUGGUCUUUUGCCAUUUUGCAUAUCAUAAAUUUCAGUGCAUAACAAAUACGUCGUUAUCAAAAAAGUUAGGUUAUGCAUAUGUAAGUGGCUAAAAUCCCAACACGCAUUUUUAUUAAACGGAAUACUCUAAUUAAGUUUUUUUGCUUUAGAUUUAAAACUGGUCUCAGAUUUUCUAAUAUUCUUAGAUAUUUUAGUUCCGGUUUAUAAAUAUUGGAACCAAAGUGUUUAUGUACUAUAUAUUAUAAAAGAACGCUAUAAGUACAGUUUUGUGUUUUCCAGUAAGUACUUUUGAUGUACAAUUUAUACUUAACUGAUUUUUUUGAAACAUAAUCUGGUUAAUGGUAAAUAGAUCUUUGUUUUUCUUUCAUAAUAUGCUAAUUCAUAUUAACUACAAAAUGAACUAAAUUUAGCAUUUUGUGCCAUUUUCUCCCAAAAAUUUUCCUUUUCCUCUUUCAACCUAUUUCCCUUGCUUUUAGGUUUCUACUGUCAGUUUUUAGGUGUUCAGUUUACCAUUCUACUUAAAUUUUGAGGUUUUUAUCUUCUUCAGGUUUUUAUCUUCUUCUCCAGCCUGUUUGCAUCCACUCCUGGACAAAGGCCUCCCCGUGAGUUCUCCAUUCUUCUCUGUUUUGUGCUAUUUAAUGCCAGUUUCUCCCCACUUUUGCUUUGAGCCAUCGAGCCAUCGUUUUUGUGGUCUUCCUCUACUACGACUGUGUUCGCGUAGUCUCCAAUGUACAAUAUUUCUCGUCCACCUCUCGUUGUUUUGCCGUGCCACGUGUCCUACCCAGUUCAUUUGCACAAUUCUUCCAGUUACAUCUUCCAGUUACAUCUUCCACCUUCAUCCUGCUUCGCACUUCUUCGUUUCGUGUAUGUUCUCUCAGAGAUGCUCCCAACAUAGCUCGUUCGAUGACCCUCUGUGUUGUUCUUAAUCUAUUGGCUGACAACUCUGUGUCACGAUCUCCAUUCCAUAAGUCAUAACUGGUAGAAUACAACUGUUGAAUACCCUUUUCUUUAGAUUUAUUGGUAUCUUUUUGUUUUUCAACACACCACUGAGUCUUUCUACUGCCCCCAACUAAUUCGGAUUCUUCUAGUUAUCUCUGCCUUUUGAUUCUGUUUGCCUAGUUUGAUCGUGUGACCUAGACUAGGUAUGUAGACUAGUUUGACUAGUCAAACCCCGAUCAGCUAUUAAACUGUCGUAAUUUGUUAGAUUAGGUUUAAUAAAACGUCAUUUUUUAAUUUUAAUGUUUAUUAUUUUUAUAUUGUCGUAAUUAAAAUAAAAAAAUUAGUGUUUAUACUCACAUGUUGAGGCAUUAUGGCAGGAGUGGCCAAACUUUCUUAACAGUGUGCCACUAUCUGUUUAUGAACAGUUAGUCGUGCCACCAAAAAUGAAACAAAAAAUUCAAUAGGUAGGUGGAAUUUGUAUGAAAUAACAAAAAAUAUAUGUAGCUACAAUAGUAUAUUAUUCCACGAGCAUGUAAUGAUGGCUAUUACUCACGAUGAUGAAGUUUGCGACACGAGCGAAAGCGAGUGUCGUAAUUCAUCAGAGUGAGUAAUAGCCAUUACAUGCGAGUAGAAUACUAUACUUUUUCUACGACCUUUUUUAUUUUAAAUAGUAAAAAAAUAUAAUUAUCAACUACUCGAGAUUGUUUAUUAAUUUAUUACUAGUAGUACAGUACAUGUUUAUGGUUGAUGUGGUUAAUGUGGCUUGUGAAUCUGAAUUUUCUUAAUUAAAUCUUGAAUGUUGGGGUCAAUUUUUGUUACAGCUAAUAAAAUUAGAUUUUUCAAAUGAUUAUUGGUUAAUUUUGAACGAUAUUGUGAUUUAAUAACAUUCAUAAUUGAAAACAUUUCUUCAAAAACAUACGUCGAACCAAAACGACAACAAUACCGCAAAGCAAAAUUGUGAAGAUAUGGAAAAUCAGCUGUGGAAACGUAUUUCCAAAAUUCAAUAUAAUUUGAAUUACUUGUACUUGAAACAAGCUCGUUAUGCUUAUUUUUCAACAAAAUAUUACUUUGCAAAUCUAUUAUUUCCAUUUGGAAUUCCGGCGGAUAAUUUUCAACGUCUUUAAGUGAAAUGGAAAAAGGAUUUGUGAAAAGUUGAAUAUUUUUAUUUUCCUCCUGGAAAUCCUGAAAUCUCGUAAUAAAUGAGCUUUGAAGACUUGACAUUAAAUUUUUAAACUUAUCGUAAUUUUGGAACAAUUCGAAAACAAUUGUUUUAAAAGGAAAUAAACUGUAAAAACACUAUCUCACAAGGCAAACAGACUUGAAGCGUCUCGCACAAAAGUUGAGAAUCAACUGAGUAGAGAAUAACGUGAACGUGUCUAGCGCGAGGCAGUGGCGUACAAUAAAAGAGUGACGUAGAAUAAAAGACGAAUUUUUAAUUUUUUACCAAGUUAAUUUUUUUUUAUUUUUUUUUAUUUUUCCAAAAAGUCCUCGCGUGCCACUUCUAGACACCGCCGUGCCACACCGUGGCACGCGUGCCGUGGUUGGCCACCCCUGCAUUAUGGCAUUUAAAGUUGCAUAAUACGUUAGACCUUUUACACUUACAUAAUUUUGAAGAGAAUUUCUAAUAGGGCUUUUCAUUCACAGUCAUUUGUUUAGAGUUUCUGUCAUGUGUCACAUAAUAUUAAUAUAUCUACGUCAUAUGUUAUUGGUAUAUACCAAUGAUACAAACCAGAGACGUAUGGCGUAGAUAUAUUAAUAUUAUGUGACACAUGACAGAAGCUCGAAACAAAUGACAAUCGAUGAAAAGCCCUAUUGCAGUAGUAUUUUGUAAAGCCUUGUUUUCUAAAUUUAGAAUCUUUUCUACUAAUUUCUCUUAGAGACAGCAUAACGCCUGGAACAUCUUCAAAAUUAAGAAAAUUCUUUUUGCAUUCUGUUAUUUGAUUUCUUGAAAAAAGUUUGUUUAAUGUUCCAUAUUUCGUACCAACUCUAUAUAAACCGUCAAUUAUUGUUUUAUUUUACAUGAUACCCAAAAUAUUUCGAGCCUCUCCUUUGGCUCUAUCAAAGCUGGGGAUACUUAUUGUUGCAGUUUUUCCGAUCGAAAUUGGAGGAACUGUUUUUUCACUUAAUUGUUUCAUAGCAUUAGCCUGGCAUGAAGACCUUUAGUCGCUGGAUUGUCAGCGGAAUAGAUGGAAUGGGAAUGUCAUUGUCAACUGCGAAAGAAAAUAUUGCAAUCGGAGAAAAACAAAGGAUCGCCAUAAUACUAACGAAGCCCCUGGACCGUCUUCACUAGAGGAAGAAAAUUGUCAAACAAUUCAGAUUACUUCUUCAGGUCUGGUUUGUUGUAUUUGCUAAAAAGAGAGCUCUGACGAACAUACGUGCGUAAUUUGUAAUCAGGUGGUACAUGUUGGUACGCUACAGCACACUUGGUGCAUACUAUGAAGGGUUUGAAAGAAAAGUUACAUGCAUGCGUUGUGCACAGGCAGAAAAAAUUAAAAUAAAUAAAGGCAAGGCGGUUGAAGGUCUUCAUGCGCAGGCUAAUGCUAUGAAACAAUUAAGUGAAAAAAAAUCCAAUUUCGAUCGGAAAAACUGUAACAAUACCUAUCCCAGCUUUGAUAGAGCCAAAGGAGAUGCUCGAAAUAUUUUGGGUAUCAUACAAGAUAAAAUAAUGGACGGCUUAUAUAGAGUUAGUACGAAAUACGGAACAAUAAACACACUUUUUUCAAGAAAUCGUAUAAGAGAAUGCAAAGAUAAUUUUCUUCGAAGAUUUUCCAGACGUUAAGCUGUCUCUAAGAGAAAUGAGUACAAAAGAUUCUAAAUUUGGAGGACAAAGAUUUAUAAAAUGCUACUGCAAUAAGAGAUGCUCUUCAAAUCCAUGUGUAAAAGUGUAAAAAGUCUAACGUAUUGUACAACUCUAAAUGCCAUAAUGCCUCAAUAUGUGAGAAUAAACACUAAUUUUUUAAAUUUAAUUACGAUAAUAUAAAAAUAAUAAACAUUAAAAUUAAAAAAUGACGUUUUUUUAAACCUAUAAUGUAACAAAUUACUACAGUUUAUUAGCUGAUCGGGGUUUGACUACUCAAACCCGGAUUUCAUAAAAUUAAAUUUCGACCUUUGCCUGACUAGUUUCUCCUAGGUUUGACUAGUCAAAUGCCAAAACUGUAAUUUAUUUCGGGCUUUGACUAAGAUCGUCAGUCAGACCUGAGGAUUGCCUAGUCAAACCUAGGAGUGCCUGAAAUUCGUGCUUUGACUAUAACAUAUAUACUAUUCGACACUUUCGAUCUCACUUCCAUCAAUAUUUUGAUUUGUCAUCACUUUUGUUUUAAAUUCAUUUUUAAACCGAUUUUCUCAGAUUCUCGUUUAAGCUCCUUUAGCAUGUAGAUUAGUUCCUCUGUAUUGUUGUUUAUGAGUACUAUGCCAUCGGCAAAUCUUAGAUGGCUUAAAAAUCUUCCAUCAAUUUUAAUUCCGCGUUGUUCCCAAUUUAACUUGUUGAACACAUCUUCUAAUGCAAGAGUAAAUAAUUUUGGAGAUAUUGUGUCUCCCUGUCUAAUACCUCUUUCCAUUCUUAUUUUGCUUGUUGUUAGGCCUUCUGUUACAUUUUUAUUUGCAUAGUUGCAUUGUCGUAUAAUAUAUCUAUUUUAGGAGUAUUCGAUGUCUAGAAUCAAUCCUUGUGUUAUUCAUUCCUUCUAAUACGGCCCAGAGUUCUAUGGAAUCAAGUGACUUAUUGUAAUCCACAAAUGCCAAAUGAAGAGGUUCAUUCUAUUAGUUACACUUUUCGAUAAGUGUCCUUAUUGUCUGUAGGUGUUCUAUGAUGCUAUAACCUUUGCGGAAACCCGCUUGUUCAACAGGCUGGUAACUAUCGAUUUUAUUUGAUACUUACUUACUUUCCGUGUCCGGAAAACCAACAACUUUAAAUUCUGUAUUUCCAAUGGUUGGCCAUAUAGAUGGCCCUGUCAUUUACUAUAAUUAAGUCUUCUUCUGUGCAGGUCUCUCUCAUCUCUGUACAUGAUAGUAGAUGCCGGCUGGUCUGAACCGCGCCACAGUCGCAGAUAUCGUCCUCCUGGUAUCCCCAUUUUUUCAGGUUACUAGCACAACGUGAAACGCCGGUUCUUAGUCUGUUUAGCGCUUUCCAAGUCGGAUACGGUAAAUUGUGUCCAGCAGCCAUUUCCUCUGAGGGAGGAAAAUGUGUCGCGGUAGCUGAAGCUUGCCAUAGGUGUAUUCGGCGCGUCUCAGGCGCUUCGGGGAUGGAUCUUGAUGUUUUCAGGAAGCUUUUCCGAGAUCUUAGUCUGCUUGGCUGAGUUUGGUGGUCGUAUAAGGGGUGUCUUCGGUCCGUCUCCUGCUUUUUUCGUUCUACCUCUGACGUGACUUUCCUCCUGAUAGGUGGUGGAGCAAUCCCAGCUAUGGGGUAUAUAUACCUCUUCGAUAGGUGUCGGUUUCAGGCAACCCGAUAUUAUAGGAACCGUUUCAUUUAGAGCCACGUCGACGUUCUUUGCGUGAGCAGAAUUUGCCCAUACUGGUGCUCCAAACUCCGCGGCCGAAAAACAUAAUGCUAAGGCAGAAGUGCGGAGAGUGUGUGGUUGUGCUCCCCAUUUUGUAUUAGUUAGCUUGCGGAUGAUAUUAUUUCUGGCACUUACUUUCUUCUUGACAUCUUGACAGUAAUAUCGGUAAGACAGAGUUCUAUCCAGACGGCGGAUGAUAUUAUUUCUGGCACUUACUUUCUUCUUGACAUCUUGACAGUAAUAUCGGUAAGACAGAGUUCUAUCCAGACGGACGCCAAGGUAUUUUGGCGUCUCGUUGUGUUCCAGCAUCUGACCACGCCAUUCCACCUCCAGCGGCCUUCGGGCAUGCUUGUUUCUAAGGUGGAAAGCACAUACCUGGGUUUUUGUGGGAUUGGGUUUCAGAUGGUUUUUAUCGUAGUAUAGAGCUAAGUCUCCCAGGGCAUCUGUCAGUUUCACUUCGACUUCAUUGAAGGUGCUUCCCUGAGCUGCCACAGCUGUAUCAUCAGCGUAAAUAAAUUGCCUUGUUUGUCGGUGUAUGGGUUGGUCGUUGGUGUAUAUGUUGUAUAGAAUCGGCGCGAGGACACUUCCCUAUGGUAGCCCAUUUUUUUGGUCCCUCCACCGACUGUUCUUGGACUGGAGCGUUACGUAGAAGCGUCUAUUCUGGAGGAGACAUUUCACUAACCUUGUUAGUCGGAAAUCCUUUGUAGUUUCGUAGAGUUUUGCGAGUAGCCGUUGAUGGUUAACUGUGUCAUAGGUGGCAGUUAGGUCUAUGAACGCUACUCCUGUUAUUUCUUUCCAUUCAAAACCAUCUUCAAUAUGUUGGGUGCGAUUAAGAAUUUGACUGCAGCAGCACUUUCCGGGUCUGAAUCCUGCUUGUUCUGGAAUAAUUUUAGUCUCCAUAUAUUCAGCGAUCCGGUUCAGUAUCAUUCUUUCAAAUGCCUUAAAAAGGUGGCACAAAAGAGAGACAGGUCUAAAACUUUUUGUAUCCGCCGGAUCCUUCCCUGGUUUUAAAAGGGCUACCACUCUAGCUUUCCUCCAGAUUUUGGGGAUUUGUAAUGUACGGAUGCAGCAAUUCAUCAUUUUUACGAGCCUCUCUACGGUUUUUAGUCCAAAGUUCUUUAUUUGUUAUUUUUUUAUAGUCUGUUGGUAUGUAUAUAAUAUAUAGUCUGUUGGUGUAUAUAUAUUUUAUUUGAUAGUCUGUUGGUAAUUAUUUUGGUAAGCAGUUUGUAUAGAUGUGGUAAUAGGCUGAUUGAUUUGUAAUUUUCGAGUUUGUGUCUGUCUCCUUUCUUGUGUAGUAAAAGUACCUGCGCAUUUUGCCAAGAGGUUGGAAUAGCACCCCCCAAAGAGGUCGAAAAAUUUCGAUCCUCCAGCUGUAAUCAUCUGUUUUGUUAUUCCGUGGUCUCCAGGAGAUUUUCCAAUUUUCAUUUGUUUCAAGGCAUUUACAACUUCCUCAAUUCAAUUUUUUGAGGCAUUUGAGUAGGUGGUAUACAUUUCUUCUAGUUUGCGUGUUGUGCGGGCAACUAGGUCCACGUCAUCGGCAUAUGCCAAAAUUUGGGAUGAUUUAUUAAAAAUAUUUCCUCUGUUGUCUAUUCUGGCAUCUCUGACCGCCUUUUCCAGAGCUAUGUUGAAGAGGAGACAAGCCAGCGCAUCUCCCUGUCGUAGCCCAACAUGGGUUUCAAACGCCUGUGAUUGUUCGCCCUGUAUUUCGACUUUGCAAACGACUUUACGCAUUGUAGCCUUAACCAAUCUGAUCAGUUUAUCAGGGAUGUGGAAUUCAUCCAUGGCUUCAUACAAUUUAUUUCUUACUAUCAUAGGCCGAUGUAAAAUCUACGAAAAGAUUAUAUGUGUCAAUAUUGAAUUCAUUGGUUUUUUCCAGUAUUUGCCUUAGCACAAAGAUCUGGUCUGUUGUUGAUCGACCAGGCCUAAAACCACUUUGAUAUUCUCCAAGAAUCUCCUCUGAACGUGCACUUAGGCGACCAUAUAAGAUACUCGAAAAUAUUUUGUAAGCUGUAUUAAGGAGGGUUAUUCCCCUAUAGUUUCUACAUUCCAAUUGAUCACUCUUUUUGUGUAGCGGGCAAACAAUUCCAAUGCACCACUCUUCCGGGAUUUGUUCCUCAUUCCAAGCUCUCAGUAUUAUUUUAUAUAUUUGAUUAGUCAGCACCUCCAUAUUUAAUAAGUUCCGCGGAUAUACCAUCACUUCCUGGAAAUUUAUUAUUUUUAGGUGUUUUAUUGCAUCCCGUACUUCUUGAAUUGAUGGAGGCUCUAAUGGUGUAUUGUUGGUUGCUCUUGGGUUUCGUUGAUUUGGAUCUUCUACUUCGAUGGUAAGUAGUUCUUUAUAGUGUUCCACCCACCUUUUCAAUAUUUCUUCUUUUGUAUUGAGUAUGUGCCCCUCCUUAUCCUUACAUAGUCUUAGCCUUGGUUUGAAUUCCUUUCUUACAUUAUUCAGAGUUUUAUAGAAUUUUCUUGUUUGAUUUUCCUGUUUUAAUGCCUCAAGUUCUUCCAGUAUUCUAUUUUCAUAAAUUCUCUUUUUUCUUCUAUGAAUGCACUUCUCUUCUGUACUCAAUUUAACUGUAUUAUUAGUAGAUAAUUCUGUCCUAUUAUUCUGCGUAUAUUAAUUGUUUAGGUACUUUGUAAGUUGGUUCAUAUAAAAGUAUUCAGACUGUCGUCCUGUACCACUCAUCUCUUCAUUUAACAUUCUCUCUUGUGUAUUUUAAGUGUUUCAUUAUAGUUGGAUAAAUAGUUUUGACAAAUUUUACAUAUGUAGUUCUGUAAUUUAUAUUAAAAUUGAUAUUUGAUAAUGAGAAGGGCAAAUUGGGGGAAGACAAUAUAAUAUAGAAAUUCCGUAUACCGAUGAAAUCGUUUAUAUAAAUUAGGAAGAUUGCAUAAUAACUUAUUUUUCUUUCCAUGUUGUCUUCUUAUGUAUAAGGUUGGGUUGUUAAGGGGUGUCAGGUCAUUCGUGAAGUUAUUACUCAAAUUCCAUAUUUUUUUUUACCAUAUAACUCGGCACUCAUUGCGGUAAUAUAGAAUUUUUCUUUGACUUCUUGUAUAUAGCUCUACAUUUAAGAAUUUUCCAUAAUGUCUUUUAUUUAUUCUCAUCUUUAUCCUACCGUUAAUAAAAAUGCUUAAAUUUUAUUCUUUAUUCUUUGUCACAUGUACAAUUUCUAUUCUUACUCGCUCUCUUCUCUCUCUCUCUCUCUCUCUCGCUCUGCAGCUUCACAACGUAUUGGUGGGUAUUUACUGCCUGCACGAUGUACAGUUUGCCUCCAUCUAUUUAGGUCUAUCAUAUCUUCUCUCCAAUCUUGCAACCCCAUCGCAUGUAAAUAUUUUAAGACAUUAUCCUUUCAUCUGAGUCUGGGCAUACCUAAGAUAUCUUGCCGACUGGAUUUCCUUCUUAUAUCCGUUUUCUAUUAUGUGUUAUAUGUAUAUGCCGUGCCACUUAAGUCUCUGGGCUUUUAUCUUGUUGAUUAUCUUGUUAAUAGAAGCCCUUGUUACCUUUUUGUAUUCGUGCCGUAUUUUGCUGCUGAUCUCGUUGUAGUGAGUUAUAGUGGCACCCAGGCACCGGAAUUGUCAUACACAUUCAAAAUUGUAUGGGACCACAGUUUUUAAUUACACAUUGUAUUUAAUAUUUGAGCAAUAUGUUUUAUGAAGAAGAAUUGAGUUGAGGCAAGGCAUUUUCGACUAUUAUAUUGGGUCCAAAAUAAGUUACAAUAUAUAACAAAUGUAUAUACUGUAGAUUUUAAUAUUUAUUUACCCUUAUGACUUAGUGCAAUACUUUUUUACGGAUUUUGUUUAUAUGUUGCCAUAAUAAUUGCAAUACAAAUAAGUAGUAGGUACUUUUUUUAUAUAAUUAUUUUACAAUGAUAGAAUAGAGUUUGAUCCUAAAUAUAGACAAUAAGUUAUAGCAUAGACAUAUUUAAUUUUUUUAUCUUCUUUUAUAUAAACAUAUUUAAGAUUUUAACAUGUAGAUAUAUUUUUAUGAGCAAAAAGACUGGACUGACAUGUUGGCAUAAACGCUGUUCAAUUUAUUUUUCUUUAUAAAACAAUUUGCUGUAAAACAUUUAAAUAUUCUUUUAAACAUAUCUAUGAACUAAUUUAUUUUAUGAUUCUCAAAGUUAGUAUUUUGACAAGUAAACAAUAGGCAUAAAGUUAUAAACUGACAUCUUAAAGUGAGUACCUAAAUGCUUGUGCAGAAGCGUAUGAGAACAAGCAACAAAGAUAAGUUCGUUAUAAAAAUAGUAAAGAAAAAAAGAAAAGCGGACUUUUCAUGAAAUGGGGCACUCAAAGUGAAAAAAAUAUUGUGUCUCUCAAAUGUGAGGAAAUACACGUGACUACCGAGAUAGUAGAAGUUUAGGGAACAAAUAUGGUUUUUGAAAUAGCUACAACUUUAUUUCAACAUACAUGUGAUAAAUCAAGAAUAUCUAUCUUCUAAAUGAUUAUGAAGAAAAAAUUAAUAGAUAUGUUAUUUUUACUAUAGUAGUAACUAUAGUUAGUACUAACAUCUGAUAAAAUAUUGUUGUUUGAGGCUUGAGAAGGUAAUUGGAAUAGACGAUAUCAGUCAUAUUUUACCCAUUCGAAUUACAAUCUAUUGUUUUUUCUGACUGAUAGCAUUUCACUAAAAAGUGAGGAUGAGCUGUAUGCUAUGUAUGGCACAGUAAUGGUUUCAUUAUUAUACAAGUAUGUAAUCUAAUAUUGUACAACUUAAAAAUGCUUCUGUCCGAUUCAGACUAUCCGUAUAUCUAAUUUUAUGUAAACGUAUUUACAAGUUAACAUUCAUUAUUUAAAUAAAUUUAACACUAUUCAAAACAAAAUCUUUGUGUUGCUAACUUGUGAGAGUCACAAACACGUUGUGUGUUUUUUUUUCUUUUGGAGAAGACAAACAACUUCGGGAAUUACAAAUUCAAACUAAUAGAUAGGGCUGUAUCGUCGCCGCCGUCGAUUUUUUUGCACAAACUUACUCAAAAAGAGGUCCUUAUAACAAAUCCACAGGGUGCCAGGCGGUGCCGUGGUCGAAAAAUUUAUUAAACAAUGUUUUUUAAACAAAUUCACGAACAUAAUUUUUUUAUUUCGAUCAAAUUUUUUUUACUUAAUUUGGGUCAUUCUGGGCAAAAAAGGUCUCUUGUCAUUUUUCCCUAAAAUUGAUUGUUGUUGAGCUAUCCGCGAUUUAAAAUUUGAAAAAUGCGAAAAUGGCCAUUUUCAAGGCUUAAAGUUAAAAACCCCUCCUUCAAGAUCCUGAAGAAAUUUUUGUCAUUAUUUUAUCACAAAAGCUGUUAUUUUUAAUUAUCAACAAUUAGCGCUAUAGUCCAGGCUGUAUCGUCGCCCCCGUUAGCCAAAUUAUUUCGAUUAGAUUUUUUUGCAUAAACUUACUCAAAAAGAGGUCCUUAUAACAAAUCCACAGGGCGCCAGGCGGUACCUUGUUCGAAAAAUUGUUUAAAAUUUUUUUUUAAAUCAAAAAUAAUUUAUUCACUUCGAACAAAUUUUUUAGAUAGAGCAGAAAAGGUCUCUUGUGAUUUUUCCGUAAAAUUGAUUGUUGUCGAGUUAUAGGCGAUUUAAAAUUUGAAAAAUAGCCAUUUUGGCAUUUUUCAAAUUUUAAACCGCGUAUAACUCAACAACAAUCAAGUUUAGAGAAAAAUCACAAGAUACGUUUUUGGCUAAGAAUGACCCAAAUUUCUAAAAAAAAUUUGUUCGAAGUGAAAAAUCUAUUUUUGUGAAUUUGUUUAAAAAAAGACCAAGGUACCGCCUGGCACCCUUGGAUUUGUUAUGAGGACCUCAUUUUGAAUAAGUUUGUGCAAAAAAAUGUAAUCGAAAUAAUUUCACUAACGGGGGCGACGGUACCGUCUGGACUAUAGCGCUAAUUGUUAAUAAUUAAAAAUAACAGCUUUGUAAUAAAAUAAUGACAAAAAUUUCUUCAGGAUCUUGAAGGAGGUGUUUUAAACUUUGAUUUGAUCACUUUCUGACUUUCACAAUAUAAUUUUUAAUCGAGUUAUUCAGCCUUGAAAAUGGCUAAUUUUGCAUUUUUCAAAUUUUAAAUCGCGUAUAACUCGACAACAAUUAAUUUUAGAGAAAAAUGACAGGAGACUUUUUUUGCUCAGAAUGACCCAAAUUAUCUAAAAAAAUUGUUCGAAAUAAAAUUUUUUUUAUGAAUUUGUUUAAAAAAAUUGUUUAAACAAUUUUUUGACCACGGUAUACCUGUGGAUUUGUUAUAAGGCGACGAUACAGCCCCGUCUAUAAAGCUUUCACUUUAUGCAGAUUUGACUGUGAGUUGUUAAAGAUCGAAUGCGACACUGUCGUGUUAACAUGGCAAUAUGUUUUUGUUUGGAUGAGAAGGGCACUAUACUUUUUUAUACAUAUUAUCGUGGUAUUUCAAGUUGAAGCUAGCACAAUCAUUUAAAUUAUACGGGAAUCUUUCUUGAAUUUAGGUAGAACUUAUACUGGAUACACAAUAAUUUUCAAUUAACGGCAAUUUUUUAAAUGAUAAUAUUGCAGAUGUUAAAAUAACUGUAUAAAUCGGCCCAUGUUUGACAAAAUACUGGUCCUAGGCUAUUAGUCCAUAUUGUCGAUAUGCUUUUUUGAAAUUUGUAAUAUGAUCGUACCUUUAUACAUUUAAUAUUUUUGUAUUUAGUUGAAUACAAUCAUAAAGAUUGUCUUCCGCAAUGAAGGAAGCACCAGGGUGUAGUAUUUAAUUGCGACCUUUCAAUCAUUGGAUGUUUCAAUCUCAGGGGCGUAGCUAUGAAAAGACAAGAAGGUGCAUUUGGGAUUUAAAUAAAAUUUUAACCUGGCAGCGUAAUCUUUUUGGGGAAAUGACAGCUGUCUUUGUAUUUACAGUGGAGGAUCAAAUUAUUAGUAGUCUAACCUGGUCAAACGAAAUUGUUUAAAAGUAGAUUUAAAUCGGACAUGAUAGCAUUGGUAAAAAAGAAUGCGUCUCGUCGACAGUGUUGUAGUCUAUUUAUUCUAUUAAAAAAAAUGAACAUCUAUUAAAAUAGAAAUAAACCAGCUGAAUUUUACCAGAUGGUUUUAAUAAUUAGAUCACACACUGUACUUACAAUAAUGUGGAAGGUAAUAUUUAAGGUUAAGGAUAUAUUUCAAAUAAUCUCUGAUAGGAACUGAGUAGUACACCACUUCAUGUUUGUAUUUUAUAUUGUGGUAACAUGUACAAGACAAUUGUAGGUACACUAUUUUGUCAACAUGGGGCGGUCAUAAGUAUCAGUUUCUAUGCAAGCUAUCAUUUCUCCAUAAAUACUGCUAGCCGUAUGGAUUACCAAAUAUUUACCUCUUAAGCAUAGAUUAAUGGAUAAAUAUAUAAAUAGGCUUUGUCAAAUUGACAGCAAUGUUCUGCAGCGUUUCCGUUAUCACUUUUUUCCACUGAAAUCAUUUAUUAGAAGUGUGACGAUCCCAUUUCUGCCUCGAACUCUUACGACCUCAAGCUACGCCUCUGUUCAAUGUAUACAUUACAUACUAUGCACAAGGUCGAGUCAAUGUUGUUAGUGUAUGUGUAAUAAGGCUGUGUAAAUUUUCUUAUUUGUAACAAAAAACAAUAUUUUCAGUUGUCACAA